CCAACGCUCAGACGCGCUCUCAUUGCUGCUGACGCCACAGCGGUGGGGGAUUGUGCGUGCGCGUGUGCGACACAGCUACAGCCUAUUAUAGUGCAGUGCACUACACUACUUGAAAAACGGACUGCUGUUGAAAAAAAAAAACAUUUUAUUAUCAUCGAUCAUUCGACCGUCGCUGUCGUACGGUCGCAACGGAUUUUAUCACGAGACCGACGAUUCUCGAUCUUUCAAUCGUGUUUUCGCGUCAUUGGAAACCCGCAGUCUCGCGACUCCAUUUCCUGGCCGCCAGCUAAACCGGAGGUGAGUGCUUUAAGCUUUCAUGAACAAGCUCAAAAAUGAGUGAGGCAUCGGCACAACAACAGCCUGCCACAGACGUACAACAAAUGCAACAAGCACAGCAACAACAACAGCAGCAGCAGCAGCAGCAACAGCAACAGCAACAGCAACAGCAACAAAAUCAACAACAGCAGUCCCAGCAAAAUCAACAAAACCAACAAACACAACAAAUGCAACAGCCACAACAAAUACAAGUUAUGAUUCAGCAGCCCCAGGGACAAGUUGACAUGCAGCAGCAACAGUCACAACAACAGCAACAACCUCAACAAGUUGCUGUCGCCUCUGGUCAGCAAACUAUUACUAUGCAAAUGUCGUCAGAUGGAUCUAAUGGAGGCACCGUGCAACUCCCUCAUUCAUCAGCUCCAAUGACAACUAUUGAGACAUCAGGUCAAAUGCAAAUUUCUACUAUCCAGCCACAGCAACAGCAACAGGGGCAAGUGCAAAUGACUAAUAUACAAGCUCAACAGCCAGGACAAGUUCAACAGCAACAUACUAUGCAGGCACAGACACCUACUCAACAACAACAGCAACAAACUCAAAUUCAACAAAUCAAUGACUGGAGUCAUGGACGUGUUCAGUUAAUUCAACAAGCUGGUCCUCAGUUUGUACAGUACAAUGCUCAAGGUCAAUUAAUCAUGCCCGGAACAAUGUUGCAACAUCCUACCUCUGGUGCUAUACAAGUGAUUGCAGCUCCUAAUAAACAAUUUCAGUCACAACAGAUGCUCACCACAGCACAUGCUCAUAAACAGGUAAUAUCGCAAGGACAGGCAACGUCAUUUCCGACUGGAUAUGCUGCUAUACCAACUACUACUAACCAGACUCUUGUCAUCGGCCAAUUAGGGGUGAUAAGUAGUCAACCAAAUAUGAAACAAAAUGAAAUGCAACAAACAUACACAAGUUGUGCUACUGGAAGAACUGUACAACAAAAUGCUCAAACAAUGCAAUUUUCACCAUGGCAAUUUAAUGCAUCACUUCCUCAAGGACUCACUUGGGCUACACCACAGCCUCAAGCAUUAUUAACCCAAAAUCAUCCAAUUUUCAUAAGAGGUGCACCUCAGCAAGAUGGUCAACAACAACAAGUACAAACUCCUAUGUUUAUACAAAGCCCUCCUCCUCAGCACCUUCAACAACACCAUGGCCAAACUAUGGUGCAAACUAGUGGUGGUGUUAUGCAAAACAUUGGGCAAAUGGUUAGUGGCACCACAACUACUACUAUUAAAUCACAACGUGCAGAUAUACAACCCAAAGUUGUUACAACACCUAAUGGUAUGGGUAAUAACAGACAACUUUCCAUACUACCAUCGGGACAUACAAUUCGGCCAAAUGCUACAAUUUCUACUCAAACUACUACUGGUAUACAGCAUUUAAAUCAAAUGCAAAAAGCUCAACUCAAAGUUAGACCUAAGACUGGUGUCCGUCAAGGUUUUAGUAUUGCACCUCAUAAAUCAGAUGCUGCUAAUCAAACUAAUCAAACCAAACCUCUUCAGUCUCCUCAACAAUCUAUGAACACCAACAAAAUGAUUUUGACAAGUUCUGGACAACUUGUGCCACAAAUUCAACAACAACAACAGCAGCAGCAAACAGUGCAAGUACAACAUUUGCAACAGCAACAACAAGCUCAACAACAAAUUAAAUUAGUUAGUAUGCAAUCGCCAAACCAUCAAAUUGUAAGUAUGCAAUCGCCUCAAGUUGCAUAUCAACAACAGCAAAUCAUCAAACCCACCACAAACGUAAUGAGUAUGUCUAUGAAUUCUCCACAAAAGAUACAUAUACAUCAAUUGCAGCAAGGCCAAGCUAUUGUCAGUAGUCAGCCACAACAACAAAUCACUAUUCUGGAUCGUCCAGUUAUACCAGUUGUUUCAUGUGCUCCUCAGGCAUCAACACAAUCUCAGCUUCUAAUUUCUCCCCAAAUUCAAACAUCGACUUCAUCAAUGCUUCCUCCAAUUAAAUCUGAUGAAUCUCCAAAGACAUCCCCAGCUGUUCAAACUAAUGAAACAUCAGCUGUUGUGGUCUCAAUAGCAGAAAAUACUACUGAAACAACUGCAUCAGUUUCGUUACCUGUUACUUCUAAUGAAGACAAUUCUAGAGAUAAAGGAUUGCCUAAAGCUUUAGUAAAACCACAAGUCUUGACCCAUGUUAUUGAAGGCUUUGUGAUACAAGAAGCUGAUCAACCAUUCCCCGUAAAUCGAUCUUGCACUAUAGCAGAUAUUUCCAAUAGUGCUCAGGACAAGGAAAGCAUAAAAUUAGAUGAAGAACCGCCAAAUAAAAAGAGUAAAACAGACAAUAACAACCAAGACAAAAUCAAGUGCGACUCAUGUGGAAAAUGUCAAGAAUUACAAAAAUUCAAAAUUAAAAAGAAAUCGAAACGUUUUUGUUCACAAGAAUGCUCAAAGAUAUUUGAAAAUAGUUCAAAAACUGGACAAACCGACAAGAAAAAUGGAAAAAAUUGGGAAUGUGAAAGCAAUGGUUCAGCUGGUGAUUCUAGUAAUACUGCCUCAUCACUUGAUUUACCUAAUCGAAUGCAAAUUGAUGUUGACCCUAAGACAGAUGUGGCUCCAGAAUUGUGUUCUAUUAAUCCAUUGACAUGGACUGUUAAAGAUGUACGGAAGUUUAUUGGCCAACUAACAGAUAGUGAGGAAAUAGCAGCAGAUUUUGAAAGUCAUGAAAUUGAUGGUCAGGCUUUGAUGCUGCUCAAAGAAGAUCAUUUAAUUAGAGAUAUGUCAAUGAAACUUGGACCAGCAUUAAAAAUAUUUGCAAAACUGGAUGCCAUGCGUACUGAAAAUCCAGAACUUCAACCCCCUGCAACUUCACAAUAAAGUUUUUUAUGCUCUUAUACUCAAUUAUACUUUUUAUAGUAUACAUUUUUAUAUGGUUAAUUUUAAUUUAACAUUUUCAAAUGUUUUUUUAUCUAUUUGAUAUACAUAUAUUAACCAAUAGUACUUAUUGGCAUUAAGACUUAUUAUUAUAACCAUGUCAUUAGUACUCAAUUUUGUUUGUGGUUUUGUGUAGGUUUUUGUUUAAAAAAAUUGUAAUUUUCAGUCUUAUCCCCUGUUUUUCCAAUAUUUUUGCUGUU